UUAGUUACAUUUUCUUUUUUUUUAUUUAAAGAAUAUUUUAUUUAUUUUUCUGUAAUCGCCACAACUAUAAAUGGUAACUGGAACCUAUUUUUGAUUUUAGAGGUUUGGAAUGGUGUAAGACAGUUUACAACGUUUUCAUGAUCUAACUCUAUUAAAAGGAGAAUAAGAAGUCUUCUUAGCUAUGUCACCUCAGUCAGAUCAGAAAAGCAACCAAUUAAACUUGUCUUUAAUCCCAUAUCAUCUGCGGCCGAGUCAAUAAAAAAACCCUACGACUCACUCAUCGGCUUCGUCUUCUUUGUUUCCUCUUCAUCAAAACUCCUUACAGCCUUUUUUGUUGUCUUUCCAUUAGAUUAUGAUUCUCUCUACUGUAAUCAUUUUUUUACAGCUUUCUUCUGCAUGGCUUCCGGCUCCGUUGAACACAGAAGAUUUCAAGGGCAGGAUGUUGGGAUUUCCCCAUGCCGGUGUGUCCAAGAUCGGCGUUGGAUCCAUCACCUGUUACCGCCAGAUCCGCCGCCUACGGAGUUGUCCUGCGGCCUUAAACGGUGGCUCCGAAACAGAGACCAACUCCGAAACCCUAGCUUCCCGGAUCUGCUCAAGCCUCCAAUCGUCGCUUAGGUCCGAGAAUCACAAGCUGUCGCACUCCCAAGACGGCGGGGAAGAAGCUGGACCGACGAGAAACAAACGAGAGAGAACCACCAUCCCUCACCGUAGAUCCGUCGACACCAUCUCACUCCCCGACAAUCAGACGAGCCCAACAAAGUAAACCCUAAUCGUGUUCUGGUGACUAACAUUCUUUCUCCGUCCAGCUACAACCUCUGAACUUUAUCACUGAAUCUGAAACGGUACGAUUUAUGUGUUUUUCGUGUGGUGUUCCUUAUUAAUUCAAUCUCCAUCAAGCAUUGCAUAUACACUUGGUGGAGUGCAGUCCCGCGUUGCAGAAACGUCAACACCAGAACCUGAAGUGCACAGAUGAAAGUAGUUCGGAGAAGAAAGCUAUAAGUUCACUAGCUGGGACACCUGUGCACUGGCACGCUACUCUUGAAGAGGUACCAUCAGGAGGUAUGCAUGUUUGUUACAUUUACUUAUUGAGACUCUCUUAUAAGGCUCUUGGCUUAAUAUAGCAACAGCCAACGUCGUAAGCAAUGAAAAAUAUGAUGAUCUGCAUCGUUCUUCAUUGUAUCUAUUGUUCUCUUUUGCUUGCCUUGGCAGUACCAACAAUAAUCAUAGCUCAUGAGUUCUAUGAUGCUUUUCCAGUUCAUCAGUUUCAGGUUUGUGUGAUUUGCAAUAUAGUCUUCUCCUUUUAGUUUAGUAUGUGUAUCUUAAAUGGACUUACUCUGCAAAAAUCUCCACUUGGCUGGUGUGAGAAAAUGGUUGAUGUGGGAGAAGAUUCACAGUUCCGCUUUGUUCUCUCCCCACAGCCUACACCUGCAGCCUUAUAUCUGGUGAAACGUUGCACAUGGGCUACACCUGAGGAAAAGGAGAAGCUGGAUCAUGUCGAGAUCAACCCGAAGUUAAUGGAUUUGACUCAAGAAAUAGCCAAGAGAAUAGGCUCUGAUGGAGGUGGAGCACUUAUAAUCGAUUAUAGGAAGGAUGAAAUCAUUUCAGACAGUCUACAGGCUAUUAGAGAACACAAGUUUGUCAACAUACUGGAUAAUCCAGGCUCUGCGGAUCUAAGUGCUUAUGUUGAUUUUCCUUCGAUAAAACACUCAGCUGAGGAAGCUUCAGAAAAUGUGACAGUCCAUGGACCUAUGACUCAGUCUCAGUUCUUGGGUUCGCUUGGAAUAAACUUCAGAGUUGAUGCGUUGCUGCAGAACUGCGACGAUGAGCAAGCAGAGUCAUUGAGGUCUGGAUACUGGAGGCUUGUUGGAGAUGGUGAAGCACCUUUCUGGGAAGGACCUGAUGAACAGACACCAAUUGGAAUGGGGGAGAGGUAUCUUACAAUGGCUAUUAUCAACAGAAACCAAGGCACUCCGGCUCCGUUCCAGUAACAGGCUGAAGCUUUCAAACAAGGACACUACACUCCUUUGUUUUUUUUCUUUGAACUUGGCUUAUCUUAUGAAUUUGAUUGGUUGACUUUGGGUUUAAAGCUUACGAAAUGAUUUCAAUCCCCAUUUUAUUUUCAGUGUCAUUCAUCUUCAUGUAUGGAUCUCAGUAGCUUGAUUUCUUCUGCUAUUUUGUUUGAAAUCUGCACGAUUGUUGAUUCUAAUAGCAUCUGAAUCUCUGUGAUCAAUACCUUUGGCUGAAGAACCGUCACCUCUGCAUACCACCACAAUCGUGGAGAAGUGUACGCUCAAGCUUGUGGAUGAUUACAAGCAUAUGCUUUGCCAAGCUACUGAGCCUAUGUCCACCUUCUUAGAGUACAUCAGGUGAGAGUCAUUCUUGAUCAACAGAUUGUGGUGCUUCGGUGUUGUUAUUGCCCUUUUCAGUUUCCAGUAGUAAGCGUAGUAGUUUCGUUCAUAUUUAGCUUUGCUUAAAAUUCUCUCGAUGUGCAUCAUAGUGUGUAAUGUUUGGUACUUUCGUGAAGCUCCUUUUUUUAUAGAGAUUGCAGUAAAAUGGUUUUGUUACAGAAUGUUGAGAGCAAAUAUUUUUAUUAUUUUGUUGUAGCUUAAAUGAUAGCUUUAUUGAUUUGUUACCUUGCCUUUAGUUUUUUUUUUGUCUGAAUUUUUUUUUCACCCGAAAUUGUAACAACAAGAAAAACAAGAACAUCAAAAUCAUUUGGUACAACAAAUUUAACAAAACAAACUUACUUUCCAAUACAUUUAACAUAUUAUACAAUAUAUGAAAACAAAGUAUUAAAAUUAUUUAUACGUCUAUAAUUAAUAUGAUUCUAUAUGGAUUAAAACUAUUAAUUAUAUAUACAUUUUUUACGUUUAGUGGUUGAAGAAGUGUUUAUAAUGCUUAUGUUUUAGAUAUAUAAUUUAAUUUUCAAACAUAGAGAACAUAGCCAAUUUUAUGUUUUUGAAAAACAUCGUCAAUCUCAUGUUCUUGAAUAAAGAAUUCAAUCAAAGAGAACAUAGCCAAUCUUCACCUACUUCUUCAAUUAUGUGAAAGUCUUAGGUCAGUAACCAAACUUAAUUGUUCGAACCAGUCACUUCGGUAAAACAAAACAUAUUAUUUUU